UUAAAAAUUUAAGUUUGGUCACACGCAAACGAUGUCAAUCCAACGAGGAAGCUAGGAAGAUCCCCCGUAACCGUGCCUCCGACAGGCCUGUCGGUGUCGGAGACCACCACCGCCACCGCCUCCCCCACCUCGGGCGUGGGAUCGAUCCCUCUCGAUCUGCGCCCGGCGAAUCCAAUCGGGCUCCGCGCCGCAUCCCCAUUGGGCCCCCUCGAGCCGCCGCGGCCGUCCCCAUCGAUCCGGUUCUCGUGGGGUUCGGCUUGGCCCACGAGGAAACAAGCGUAACAUUUCUUUCUGUUUGGAUUCCGCUUUCUUCUGUGGGGUUCGGUUGCUAGUGUGGUUGCCCGGAGUAGGAGAAGAUGGAUUUGGCGUCGGUCAAUGAGGAGCUGGCCGAGAUCGACGGGCAGAUCGGCGAUAUCCUCCGCGUAUUGCAAAAUGGCUUUCAGAAGCUGGACAAGAUCAAGGAUGCCAACCGCCGGAGCAGGCAGCUGGAAGAACUUACUGAUAAGAUGCGAGAUUGCAAAAGACUUAUCAAAGACUUCGAGCGAGUUACCAAAGAUGAGGCAGGGCGAACUGAUCCGGAUACCGCAAAAAUGCUGCAUGACAGAAAGCAGUCAAUGAUCAAAGAACUAAAUUCUUAUGUUGCUCUUAAGAAACAACAUGCAAGUGAAAAUAAGCAAGUUGAUCUAUUUGACGGUCCAAGUGUUGAAGAUGGCUUUGGUGAAGAAAAUGUCCUGUUAGCAUCAAAUAUGACAAACCAGCAGUUAAUGGAUCGUGGCAAUCAAUUAAUGGAUGAGACUGAUCAAGCUAUUGCACGAUCUAAACAGACUGUCAAAGAGACCGUCAACGUAGGCACAGAAACUGCAGCUGCUCUGAAAGCACAGACAGAGCAAAUGAGCAGAGUUGUUAAUGAGCUGGAUUCCAUCCAUUUCUCCAUUAAAAAGUCAUCUCAAUUGGUGAAAGAAAUUGGUAGACAGGUUGCAACUGAUCGCUGCAUCAUGGCCAUGCUUUUUCUCAUAGUUGCUGGAGUCAUAGCAAUAAUAAUUGUUAAGAUUGUAAACCCACACAACAAGGCUAUUCGUGACAUUCCUGGACUUGCACCACCCGUCAGCAGGAGGCUGUUGAGAUAGAAGACACGUGAAUUUCUUACUUGUGUGUAAAUUUAUGAGGCGACUUGGUAAGUGCAUCUGUACUCAUGUGGCAUAGUGUUGUGAUUCUUCCUAUGGGAUCCAUCCGUCGGCUGCAGUUCGUGUAUGUUCUUAUUCUUGUGACAUGCCAUUAUAUUUUGCAAAGAACCAGCAACCAUGUUCCCUGUAAACCGUCACAUCUGUACACAAGUUAUCAAUCUUCUAAAACUCAGAGUGACCACAUCAUAUGGAUUACUCAAACAAUACGUACGUGAAUUGCAAAUUUGCAAGCAGAAAUAUUCAAUUGAGGCAUACUGUUUUUUGUGAUGAAAUUUCUGUAUAAUUAAGCUUUCGUGAUGCUGUUGAGAUUAACACUGAGUCAAGAAUCAAGAUGGCUCACUUGAUCCUGCAUGAAGUUUAGGAUCACAUUUAGUUACCUUAUCUAUGCCCCUCUUCCCCAUCUGCCCCUUCGC